AUGAAUCUUGCAAAAUAUCAAGAUGAUGAACAAAUUGAUGAAGACUCAACCUCAGAUACUUCUUCAUCGUUUGGAUUUGAUGGUACCACCUCCGAAGCUCCAGCUGUUUCACUUCACCAUCACCAUCCUAUCAACAACCAUAGUACCACCACUACCACUGAACACAUUCCAUCAGAGGAACAACAGCUCAUGAUAUCAGUAGCGGAGGCUGCUAACGAUAUUUACAAUAACACGCAACUCGGAUUGCAAGAGAAGAUAUUCGACGGGUUUUUCAUUUGCUUCUCGCAAGCUCUUUUAGAUCCUCACUUGGAAGAUUUAAAGUACAAAAUAUUAUCUAAUGGAGGGCUGUUUUUUGAUACAGUUACAGACAAGGUCAAUAUUGUUGUUCUUGCUAAUUCUAACAAUCAUGAUAAGGACAGGAUCAAUUAUGCUAUCAAACACCAAUUACCAAUCGUUUAUGAAAACUAUAUAACGGAUUGUUUUGCAGUUUGUACUCGUUUGGAUUGGAAGCAAUAUUGUGUUCCACAAAUGGACCACUUAAUUGAAGAUAUUGCCCAACUUUAUCAAAUAAUACCUCACCACAAUCUGGUUACGUCAUCGGAACAUAUUCACCAACAAAUUCAUGAUAUUAAUGCCUCUAACUACAGUCUUAAACUCUUUGUGAAGGGUUCUAGGAAUUCAACAUAUACUGACCAAUUUCCAGAAGUUCUCUACACGCUCACAUGGAAGCACAAGUAUGAUGCUCGGAUUUUGUGUAGCGAAAAGCUUUUUGCUGGAAAACAUCAAGGCAAGAUUAUGGAGAAUCUUGAACUAUUUCUGGUGAUGGGAUACAAUGAUCGUAUUCCUGUUUUUACAGAUGAACCAAAUACACCAUCCACACCUACCAACAAUAUUUCUGCAUCCUCAAAACAGAAUACAAAGAAAAAGAAGCAAGCAUCGUCUUCCGCAUCAUCAACAACAACAACAACCUCUGUAUCAUCAAAAAAGAAGGGACAAACUAGGAAGAGUGAAGAUAAGGCUACCGUUACAAUCUCUAGCGUUCAUAGACCAUCAGAUGAAGAAAUUGUUAUUAGAUUUGGAAUUAACAGUUUGUACUGUUCUAAACGAUUUCAGUACAUGCCAUUCCGUCUCUGUGUCAAGUAUACACCAAUGGAUUGUCCUGUUGAUCAGCAUUUCACCAUUUUUUCUCCAGAGUUCAAAACCUUUGUUAAAAAGGAUGCAAAUAUUACAAAAUAUUUAAAUCAACCAUUUCCUCUCAAUCCCACAGUUAAGGUUAUUACCAAAGCAUGUACAACAACCACUAGGGUUGAAUUUUCCAAAUUCACAACAUCAAGCUCUUGCUCAUCACCCAAACAGAACACAUCUACCAAGAAAUCAUCAAAAAAGAAUGGAAAUUCACAAAAGAAACGAAAAAAGGAUGAAAUUGAUGAAGAUACCACUGAUACUGUUACUGCUACUACAACCGCACUACAAUAUCCUCAAGUGAACCCCUACGAUCAGAAUGGAGCAGGAACACCUGGUACUCAAUGGCCUGCAAUGAGUGAUAUGAAUAUGAUGUAUCCAUUUCUUUCCAUGUUCCCUCAUCAUCAUCCCAGCUCAAUGUAUCCUUCCAUACCUCCGCAUCCAACUGUAGAUCCCAAUCUUGCCUUAUAUCCGCCAAUGAUCCCUCAAAUGGGAAUGACAUGGAUGAACGAACCUGUGGGCAUCAAUCCAAGUGGUGACAUUUUUUACUCACAAAUUUUCAAAGAUGGAAUUAUCUAUAAGGUCGCCGAUCUAGUCCUUGUUUCUCCUUGGGAGACGGGUGAAGAUGGUGAGCCUAUUGAAAAUGACAAGCAAGACAAGGAUGAUACAAUCGAUGAUAGAAAGCCCAUUGAAAAAUUUUGGAUUCUUAAAAUCAUUAAUCUACUUCAAACAAAAUCAGGAAAUAUUCGGUUUAUUGGACAGUUUUUCUAUAGAUGGAGUGAUUUACAGGGAUUUUCAUGCGAUAUUGAGCAAAGCACCGCAAUAACAAAAUCCAGAAAGAACCACGACUUACCACCAGAAAAAGAAGUGUUUGUCUCUUUCGAUAUGCACAUCGUGCCCAUGUCACAUGUUCAUGGAAAAUGUUUUGCCAAAUUUUUGGACCCAGCACAAUUAACAGACUUGGAUAGAAAAUGGCUUGACAGCGACAAUCGAUUUUUCUACCAAUGUGCCUACAAUAGAAAGACCAACGAAUUGGUGUUACUUGAGGAACAAGUCCUCAAAAUUCUCAGAGAGGAUGAAGAUCACUCUCCACCACCCCACACCAGUCAUCCUACACCCAUGCCAAAUCCACUAUUUCCAAUGAAUCCCAUGAACCCAAUGAAUCCAAUGACUAUGAAUCCCAUGAGUGCAUUGAGCCAUGGGCAUCCAAUGGGUCCCAUGCCAACCUCAAGUCUAUUCCCACUUCCCUCAAAUCCUUUUGCACCUUGGUCACUAAAUCCACCUCCUUUCCCGACCUCUUCUGCAUCUUCGACGAGUUUAGAGCCUCCUUUGAAGAAGACGUCAACCACGUCUUCCUCUUCAGAUAAGUAA